CGCGCACAUGCACAGCUCAAGAACGCGCACAGGUAGAUCACUAUUAUCAGUGUUCAGGUAAACCUGGAAAUCACAGCCGCGGGACUCGAAGUAGCGCGAAUAAAGGGCUAUUCAACAACAUGACAGCCCGAUCGAGACCUGGCUAUUUUCGCCAGGAGAUAAAUAAAACAAUCUGGGAGGUGCCGGAUAGAUACAAAGAUCUGAAACAAGUGGGGACGGGGGCAUAUGGUACAGUAUGCUAUGCAUUAGACCGGAGGACGGGGGCAAAGGUGGCCAUCAAGAAACUCCAUCGUCCCUUCCAGUCUGACCUGUUUGCCAAAAGAGCCUAUAGGGAGCUCAGGCUGCUCAAACACAUGAAGCAUGACAAUGUUAUCGGACUCGUAGAUGUGUUCACAGCAGACCUUUCCCUAGACAGAUUCCAUGACUUCUACUUGGUCAUGCCUUUCAUGGGUACUGAUCUAGGAAAGUUAAUGAAAAUGGAGAGACUCUCAGAAGAGAGAGUUCAGUAUCUGGUCUAUCAGAUGUUAAAAGGCCUCAAAUAUAUCCAUGCUGCUGGAAUCAUUCACAGGGAUCUCAAACCAGGCAAUCUUGCAAUAAACGAGGAGUGUGAGCUUAAGAUCCUGGAUUUUGGUCUGGCUCGGCAGGCAGACAGUGAAAUGACGGGCUACGUUGUGACACGCUGGUACAGAGCGCCUGAGGUCAUUCUGAGCUGGAUGCAUUACACACAGACAGUGGACAUCUGGUCAGUCGGGUGCAUCAUGGCAGAGAUGCUGCUAGGAAAACCACUAUUUAAAGGAAACGACCACCUGGAUCAGCUGAUGGAGAUCAUGAACGUUACAGGGACGCCCUCAAAAGAGUUUACAGCCAAACUACAGUCUGAAGAUGCUAGAAACUACAUCGCAAAGUUACCAAGAUUUAGAAAGAAAGAUCUUCGGAUAUUAUUUCCAAACGUGAACCCACAAGCGAUUAAUGUGUUAGACGGCAUGCUGCUUUUGGACCCUGAGAGCCGGAUAACAGCGGCAGAGGCACUGGCUUUUCCUUUCUUCUCAGAGUUUCGUGAACCAGAGGAGGAAACCGAGGCUCCACCGUAUGACCAUUCACUGGAUGAGGCUGACCAGUCGCUAGAGCAAUGGAAAAGACUCACUUUCACUGAAAUUCUGACCUUCCAGCCGGCUCCAGUGUUGGCUGAAUCUAAAGAGACGGCCCUCUGAGAGCUUAUUUUGACAUCAAAGCUACGUUUACUUUGUAUCGUUUGUCAUAUACAGACUUUGAGCUAUUUUUGUGAGAGACUGUGGUUUUAUUUUUAGAUGAUCAGCCUGUUGUGUGCUAGUGUUCGGCACAGCUGAACUAGACACAACUGAACCAUUAACAGACUCCAGUGUGAGUUUGGAAACAUUUUUUUUAAUUAUUAUUAUUGUCGUUAUUAUUAAAGAACAAGACUAGCCAGCAUUAAUGCAGACAGGUAAUUACACUGGAGAUCAUUUCAUUUAAUCAUUGCAAUGUAAAUGUAUGUGCAUAUUUUAGAUAGUUUCUCAGGUAGCAGAGAAUUCUGGCCCAGAUUUGGCAUAAAUCCAAUAGGGCAGAGCAGGCAUUCAUCCGGCACUGGCAUACAGCAUGUGGGCCAAACUUGGCCUUGGUUUGGCAGAUGUGGCACUGUCUUUAAAGCGACACACAAUACUUGGGCCAGAUGUAAAAUGUAGUAUUUGGCCCAGGUGUUAAAAAUUGAUAUGUGGGCCACGUAAGUUUAGCCUAUCUUGACCCACAUUUAAAAUACAUAAAAAAAAAUUGAGUAAAGAAAAACCCUUCAUGGGUUUAUCAAUUUCAAUUGCAAUUGUGACACACCAACCUAUCUGGCCCAGUUAUGAGUUAUUAACUUGGCUGAGACUUGGCCCAGAAAUAGUCCAUGUUUGGCCCUUGUCUGGAAGCCAGACUUGGUCCAGUCAUGUACCGUAAUUCACUGCGGCAUGUGGGCCAAUCAAAACCUGAUUGUGUGGGCCAGAGCUGGGCCAGAGAUAUUUUGCAAUGUGGGUUAGUUAGACCUGAAAUAGGGAAAAUAAUUGCCGUUUCAGUUUUUAUUUUUGCCAAACAGAAACUGUAAGAGUGUUCACUUACCAUCGAAAGCAUUUUAACUAAAUGCAGUCGCAAAUCAUGUUUUUAUGCCAAGAACAGUGAUGUACUGUACGAUAAGCAUAUUUUUUAUAUUUCACAUUACGCUACAUUUCUUUGGUGUACAUUUGUAAGUCAGUUUUACAGUAAAAGAAAAGUAGAAUGAUUAAAAUACAAUUGGUAAUUU